UCAUGAUUAAGUUCACAAAUUUACUUGUUUUAUUUGCUGUACUGGCCUUAAAAGUUGCUAAUACAGCAAAUACUGCCAUAACCCAGCUGAACAAUAACAACAUUAAUGUUACAGUGACAUUAAUAAGCUCGAGUGCGAUUAGAUGGCAAAUAACAACAUCCAAUUCACACUGGGUCGCUAUUGGAUUUGGAUCUUCGAUGACAAACACGGAUAUGAUAUCUAUAGAGAACAGUGGAACUUGGGCUGUUAAAGACAGAUACUCAACCUCUCCAACAUUUCCUCCUGAAGAUACUACAAACAAUGUCAGAAACUUUGCUGUGACUUCUUCUGGGAGUAUCAAUACUUAUACCUUUGAAAGAGAUCUGAACACUGGAGACUCUCAAGAUCAUGUAAUUGCUGAUGGAAGUACAAAUAUGAUCUAUGCUUACGGAUUUGGAGCUGCCUUCUCGUCUGCACAUGGUGCGGGAAUGUUCGGAGCUUUCAGCAUUUCCAUGAACAGUGCUACUAGGGAUAUAGCCUUCGGUGAAGGUACAAUAAAGGUUGACACUGAGCAAACCUUGAUACAUGGUCUUUUCAUGUACAUCGCCUGGGGUUGGCUCUCAUUUUUCCUGAUCGUCACAGGAAGAUAUUCAAAAUAUUUUUACUCUUUCAGAACAAUUUUGCAUGGAUUUAUCGGUAUACUAGCUUUGAUCUUCACUUUGAUCGGAGUGGUAGGAUACGGAGAAGGUGGAAGAACCAGACAGUCUUUGAAUUCAUUAGGUGAUGAGCAUACAAGCAUCGGAGGGGUAGUGAAUCUCUGGACAAUAAUAACAUGCAUUACUGGAUCCUCUAUUAGAGUUGUAGGACUUCUUUUGAAGAGAUACUCAUUUAUCUCAUUUUAUUUAUGGUAUGUCCACGUUAUGGUUGGAGUUCUUCUGGUAGUCUAUUCCCAAAUCGCAAUAUUGUCAGGACUUUACUUGUAUGACUCUCCAAUAACUUACUUGUUUUACAUCCAUCUUGCUUUGAUGGUAAUCAUGCUUGCUUCCUUAGAAGUUCUUUGGCAACUGAGCAAGAACUGGAAGUAUACUAACAUUGACGAGAUCGAGCGUAAGGGCUUACCUGAGAUGACUAUGGAAGAAGUUCUGAACUCCAAAAGAAAAUUGGCCAUCUUUGAUCAAUAUGUUGUUGACUUUGGACUUUAUCAAUAUGAUCACCCAGGAGGAAAAUAUGUACUCGAUGAAUGAGAAGGCAAGGAAAUAGGAAAGUACUUCUAUGGCGCUUACUCGCUUGAUGACAACAUGAAAGCUUAUAAGCAUUCAUUUGUUGCUGGAAAAAUCAUGAAGAAGCUUGCCAUUGCAAAACUAAAAAUUCCUGAAGAUAUAAAAGACAUGGUUACACAUUCCUCUGACAAUAAGGAGAUCCAAAUAGACCACUCUCAUGAGCUCUACGAUAAACACUUCAAAGUUACUCAGAAGGAAGAGAUUUUUAAAGGAGUCUAUAGAGUUACUUUCUCUAACGAUGAUAAUCAGUACAAAGUUUUGAUUCCUGGAACAAAUACAUUUGGGAGACACUAUCUAGUUCAUUCAGAAUCUCAAAAAGUAUCGAGAUACUACACAAUUUGCAACACUAUGAACUCGGAGAUUUACCCUGUUUAUAUAAACACAAUUGAUAGAAUUCUUGGCAAAAGUGGAGACGAGAAGCUAGCUUUUGAAGAAAUUAGCCAAAUUUCAAAAAAUCUCCAACUUCUGAUUAAGUUUUAUCCUCAGGCCAGAAAUGGACUAACCAAGAAGCUUGAUAAUGUCCAGCCAGAUGAUGAGUUCAUCAUCUCUAAACCUCUUGGGAGUGGGCUAGAUCUUACUCCAGGUAAUAUCACUGGAACUAAUGUAGUUUUCCUAGGCGGGACUGGAGUUCUCCCUUUCAUUGAUUUCUUUGCUUACCUCGCAAGGUAUCUUAUCAACGAGAAGUCUCCUUCAGAUUCAAUGCUAAGCCAAGAGAAGUUUGAGCCCUACUUCAAAGAGGCUAAGUUCAUAAUCUACGUUGCCUACCAGACUCAGACUGAGGCCAUCGGGCUGGAGAUCUUAACUAAAAUCUCAGAACUAUUUUCUCACUUUGGAGAGCAAGAAAGAUUCAAAUUAACUACAAUCUUCACAAGGGAGGGAGGCAAGAAGCUAGACAAGCAGUCUAUCUACGACAUUCUCAAGGAAAACAGCCAACUUGACUACCUAAAGAACGUCUGGGUGUGCGGCCCUCCCAAGAUGAACAAUAUGUUCCAGAGAAUCAGGAAGGAUCUUCGCAAGCUAUUUGACUACUUAGCUGUCGACAUCAUUUAAAUUAUGUGAUGUAACAUAAUUUCACGGUGUUUCA